UAGAAGCUUUGGGCUGGAGUCCUCAGGGCAGAAAUAGUGGUUACAAUCCAUGCAUUCAAACCAUACUUUGCCAUUUGGAGCUUUUUGAACAUAUCCAACACUGACUUACAUUGCUGUGUUACUUACAACUGUUCAACGCUUCUUGCGUGGACAAAGAAGAAGUGAAAUGUCAGACAUUACAGGAACAUAUCGCAUUGUUUCAGAAGAGGAACAGUCUCUCCGUGCCAAACUAGAGCGUCUGACAACCAAAGAUCAUGGAGCAGUGUUCGGCAAAUGUGAGGUGCUACCAGAACAUACAGUGCAGAAGGCUAAAGAUGAAUUAAAUGAGACAGAUGAGAAGAGAGAAUCCGCUGUAAAGGAACUUCGAGACCUGAUACAGGAGAAGGCAAACACUGGCGAUGAGCUCCACAGGACGGUGGCAGAGAAGACGGUCGGGAAGGAUAAUAGCUUUUUUUUGCGUUUCAUUCGGGCCCGAAAAUUUGAUGUAAAUAGAUCGUACGACCUUCUGAAAGGCUAUGUACAUUUCCGUCAGCAGUACCCCGAGCUAUUUGAGAACCUGACACCAGAGGCUGUGAGAAGCACCAUAGAGGCUGGUUACCCUGGCAUUCUAACCAGUAGAGACAAGAAUGGCAGAGUGAUCCUACUUUUUAAUAUUGAGAACUGGGACUAUGAGGAGAUCACAUUUGAUGAGAUCCUCCGUGCCUACUGCAUUAUUCUGGAGAACCUUUUAGAGAAUGAGGAGACCCAGAUCAAUGGAUUCUGCAUUAUAGAAAACUUUAAAGGAUUCACGAUGCAACAGGCAUCUGGUAUUAAACCAUAUGAACUGAAAAAAAUGGUGGACAUGUUACAGGACUCUUUUCCAGCAAGAUUUAAGGCUGUUCACUUUAUAUACCAGCCAUGGUACUUCACCACCACUUACAAUGUUGUAAAGCCUUUUCUGAAGAGCAAAUUACUGGAAAGGGUUUUUGUACAUGGGGAGGACCUUGAGAGUUUCUAUAAGGAAAUCGAUGCUGACAUCUUGCCUGCUGACUUUGGAGGAAACCUGCCAAAAUACGAUGGAAGGAUAAUUGCUGAAAAGCUUUUUGGGCCAAGAAAUGAAUCUGAGGACACAGCCCUUUAAAGAACAUAUACUAUUUACUAUAUGUACCUAUAAGUUAGUACAAUGCUGGAACGCUAUUAUAUGUCUCCUAGUUCUGUUAAUUAUAAUAAAUCUUCCAGUACACACUUUCAAACUUCAACGCACAUAUGUUAUCUAAGAUAUCCACAUAUCAUGUCUAUCUAUACAUUUUCUAUAGUAUAGAACCCUUACUUUAUAUUUCAAGGGAUGUUCAAUGAAUAUUCUAUUACAGUGGUCCC